ACACGGGCAGUCAGAGGCCAGACUCCGGAGGUGGAGGACGCGUCGUUCUGGCGUAACGAACUUUGUGAUCUCGUUCCCUCUUCCCUCCUCCUCCCUUCCUUUAUUGAAACGAAACGCAGGCCUGGCCUUCAAGAGUCUCGGCGGUGACGGCGACCAGGCAGCUUCGUGUGCCGUCGCGGCCUACAGCGAGGCGCGAGACGCGUGUGGGAGUGAAUUUUAUGUUUGCGUGAGUCUUUCAGUCAGGAAGAAGAAAAGAUCACGAGUCUGUGUUGAGUUGUGAGGAGUUUUUUUUUUUGAUAGAAGGGAGUGUGUGAAGGAGGGCGUGUGUGCGUGGUGCGAUAAUGCGUGACGGUGUGUGUUUCGGGGCAAGUGCCACGGCGAAGUGAGCGGCGAUGGCCUGUGUGGUGCAAGCGGGUGCUGCUGCUGCUCCUGCGGUGUCUCCUCGCAGUGCCAGGCGUCAACUCUGAAGGCCCGCCGGUGCUGCGGGAACACCCGAGCAGCGUGGUGGUGCCCCGCAAUGACCCUGCCACUCUCAACUGCGCCGCCUCGGGGGCAGCCCGCAUCAGGUGGUUUCGUGACGGCGAGGAGGUGACCACCUCGCCGCAGGAUCCCCGCGCUCACCGUGUGAUGCUGCCCUCAGGCUCCCUCUUCUUCCUCCGCGUCAUCUCCACCAGGAGAGACAGUGACGCUGGUACCCUACUGGUGUGUUGCCGCUAACAGGUACGGCGCCACGCGCUCCCGCAACGCCACCCUCACCGUGGCCACACUGGCCACUGACUUCCAGAGCGUGGCGGAGCCUGAGGUGAAGGCCCGCGUGGGCGACACAGUCAGCCUGCCCUGCCGGCCCCCAAGGGGAGUCCCCCGCCCUGAGGUCACCUGGUUGAGGAACGGUCGUCAGGUGAGCGACUCCCGCCGCGUCACCAUCACGGAGGAGGGUGACCUGGUUAUCAGCCAGGCCGUGGAGAAAGACUCGGCUGUCUAUGUGUGUCGCGCUCGAAAUGCUGCUGGAUCCCGCCAGUCUACACCCACGGAUUUGUUCAUUAUGACGCCGCCAUGGUUCGAGGAGCGCCCUGCCAACGUGACAGCAGCGUCUGGCGUGGUGGUGGAGCUAGCGUGCAGGGUGCAGGGAUCUCCAUCACCCGUAGUAACCUGGCGGAGGUUGGACGGCAAGAUGCCAAUAGGACGUGCCACCGUGGAAGAGCAGCGGUUAGUAUUGCCAGAAGUGACGGCAACAGACUCCGGCGUGUACGUGUGUGAGGCUGAGAGCGAGGCGGGCAGGGCCUCCACGAAGGUCACGCUCACUGUGGUCGACGCUCCCGAGCUGACGCAGCGGCCGCAGCACCUUCAGGUCAUGGCGGGCGAGGACGCGAGAAUCUCGUGCCGCGUGGAGGGCGAGCCGCACCCGAUGGUGGUGUGGCGCCUCCCCACGCUGGACAGGACCGCCCUCCUCGCUCCCGGCCAAAGCAGCGGCCGCGCCUCCGUCAGCGAGGAAGGGCACACCCUCGAGCUGCGACAGGCGGCCACCGAGGACAGCGGCACCUACUACUGUUGGGGCGUGAGCAGCGGCGGCGGCGUGAGCGGCUGGGCGGAGGUGGUCGUGGUAUUGGCCCUGCCCCCGCCCGUGGUGGGGCGUGGGUCCUCAAGACCAGAAGGUGGCCCCCGGGGGCACGGUCACCUUCCGCUGUGAGGUGGUGAGUGAGGCGGCCGAGGCCCGGGUCACCUGGCACUACCGGGCCGCCACGCAACCUUCCGGCACGCUCAAUCUCGCAGGGCACCGACCCUCGCUUCUCGCUGCCUGACAACGGCGCCCUCAUCAUCAAGGACGUGCGUCCGGACGAUGCUGGCGUUUACUCCUGCCACGUGGAGGCGUCAACGGGCAGCGCGGAGCAGAGUGCUGCGCUGCGUGUGUCUGAGGACGCAGGGGACAGCGAGCCGCUGCCGCUGCUGCCGGCGCCGCCCACCAAGCCUCGGGUGGUGGACGUGAACCAGACGGCUGUGCAGCUGAGCUGGCUG